CAAAGAAGAAAAAUAACAUCUCCAAUAUAAUAUCAUCAUUUGAAGAAACCAAAACAUAUGUAAUGUAAGGAAAUUAAAAACAAGAAACAAUCUGUUUGUCAUGUCUGGAUCAUGUUUUGUUUAAGUUGUGUUCUGUUUGGGUUUUGGACUCUUUUUAGUUCCUGCCUUUUCACUUCCUGGUCUUGUUUCCAUGGUUACCCAUUAGUUUCACCUGUUCCAUGUUUGGACUCACACACCUGUCACCAAUCAUGUCACUGUUAUUUAAAGCCUGUCUUUUUCUGUUGGUCGGCCUGGCGACAUUCACUCUGUUUACCUCUGCGCACUUCAUCAAUCAAUCAAUGUUUAUUUAUAUAGCCCUAAAUCACAAGUGUCUCAAAGGGCUGCACAAGCCACAACGACAUCCUCGGUACAGAGCCCACAUAAGGGCAAGGAAAAACUCACCCCAGUGGGACGUCGAUGUGAAUGACUAUGAGAAACCUUGGAGAGGACCGCAUAUGUGGGUAACCCCACCCCACCGAAUGCAAUGGAUGCCAUGAUUACUCCUGUUACCCAGGCUAUCACAGUUGAUGCUUCAUGCCAUGUCAAAUGGAUAAGUCUAUCAAAUGGAGAAGCAUGGAGGGGUCGACUUUAGAGAGGUUUGCCAGAGCUGAGUCCAAACUUGCACCCCUGUGCUGUAUUUGCCACUGGAUGGCAGGACUCUUUGACUAGAAGACAGUUGCUGGCUGGAUGCUCUGUGCUCCUGCAUGUCAGUGACAGAAAUGUUUUGAGCAAACAGAUGAGAGAAAAUCCUCUGGCGCAAUGUUCAAGCAAGUGGAUUCAUUACCAAAAAGACGUCCGCAUGGGGGCAAUGAGCCCAGCCGGUCCCAGUCUCCCCCACCGCCCUGUGCCCAGCAGAGGAGACUCCGUGCUGUAGAAGUGGCACGAGGGAGGACGGGGUACGGUUUUACGCUCUCAGGCCAAAACCCUUGUGUGCUCAGUUGUGUCCUAAAAGGCAGCCCUGCAGAUUUUGUGGGUCUACAUUCAGGGGACCAUGUCCUGACUGUCAAUGACAUCAAUGUCUCCAAGGCGUCCCACGAAGAUGUUGUCAAAUUGAUUGGACGCUGCACCGGUGUAUUGAAGCUGGUCAUCGGCGAGGCAGAGCGCCACAGGCGACAUCAUCACCAGCAACGCAGUUCAGGUAGCCGUCACCACAGCAGCAACACAAUGGCCGCACCUUACCAGGACUCAUGCUCCAGUGACGACGAGUUGGACGGCCUUUACCACAACAGCGUCAACAACAACAACAACAGCACGAGGGCCGGUUGUGGACCUCAUGGUGCCUGGUUCAAACCCAAACUGGAUUCCAAGCAGCUCGGCAUCAACCGGGCAGAGAGGGUGGUGGCGGAGCUGCAGUCGGGGGGAAUUUUUAACAUGAUCUUUGAGAAUUCCAGCCAUUCAUCCAGCAGCUCCGACAAGGACCGACCCACACACAACUCAUUGUCCAAACCACGCCCAUCCUCCGAUCCUGAGUUUCCCGCUCAUCGAAGCUCCUCCCGCUCGCACAGCAACCCCGUCAUGCUCUCUGAGGAGGAAAUGGCCCAAGUUCUAAAUGACGACUCGGUAUUCGUGGACGCAGAUUUCCAACAUCUCCACCUUCAUCAUCAAGAGGAACAAGACAUGGACGUAGGUGACGGGCGUGACUUGGUCCUGGAGCCUAGUCAGGACAUUGUCAACGUGGGCAUGAUGGUGGGUUACCUGGGCUCCAUUGAGUUGGCCUCUACAGGCACCAGCCUGGAGAGUGACAGCCUGCAAGCCAUCAGAGGAUGCAUGAGACGUCUGCGGGCUGAACAAAAGAUCCAUUCAUUGGUUCUCAUGAAGGUCCUGCAUGACAGUGUGCGCCUGUGCAGCGACAGAGGGCAGACCCUUGCCACAUAUCCCGCAGAGAAACUGGCCUUCAGUGCCUGUUGCCCCGAUGACCGGAGAUUCUUCGGACUGGUCACCAUGCAGGCCACAGACGACGGUCACUUCGUCAGAGGACGAUAUGAUGAAGGCGGUUUGAGGACAUCUUGUCACGUGUUCAUUGUGGACCCUGACCUGUGUCACCACCAGGUGCAUUUGGGCAUAGCCAGAAGGUUUGGCUUUGAAUGCACCCCUGACCCAGACACUGGAGGCUGUCUGGAAUUCCCAUCCAGUUCUCAGCCCCUCCUUCACUUUGUGUCUGUUCUCUACCGGGACAUGGGGGACAACAUUGAGGGGGUCCGUGCCCGAGCCUUUCACGAUCCGGAUAACGAUGCCCAACAGAACCACAGCACCAGCAGCAACAGCGAUAGCGGGAUCGGUAACUUUUUACCUGAGGAGAAGAGCAACAGAGUGCUGUUAGUUGACCUUGGAGGGUCAGCUAACCACAAUCAUGUCUCCGGGCCACGCCACUGGGACAGCCCACCUUCCUCCCAGCAGGCCUGGAGCCCUACCUUAGGAGUUGCAGCCUCUCACCCGCCUCCCCCUCCGCCCGCUAUAAGAAAUGGCCACUACCGCCAUGAACCGUACCUGGCUGACCUGCCUCAUCCCCUCCCGCUGGCCUACCCUGAUGUCCCGGCUAGACAUGUUCGAGGUGCACACCCCAAUCACUACUCACAAGGGAAGUGGGGAGGAGCUGUCGGAGGCGGGGACAAGAGGGGGGCCGGAGGAGGGGCGGAGCCUCAGCGUUGGCUGCCAGUCCACGUGCUGAGAGACUGGCAUCAGCAACACCACCAACUCCAGGGUCUGAGCAGCGAUCAGGAGUCGUACGCCGAAUCCACCGACGGGUGGUCAUCAGCUAAUUGCAGCACCCUACCUCCACCCAUGAGUAAGAUCCCUGCCGACCGCUACCGGGCCCCACUGGUCCCCGGGGAACACCUGCCGCCACCUGGAGGGAGCCAGCCUGUACCUCCCUUGCAGGCCCAGACCCACACUCAGCGGCUGGUUGCUCAGAAAGAUGAGUGGGCCAAGAAGCUGUUUGGUGCUGGGGACAGGGAAAGGAGUGGAAACGAGAAGAAACAAGGAGGCGCCAAAGAUGCUGAGAAAAAGGGUGGUCGCUUCCGAGGUCUGACCAUGGGUUUUGCCCCUCUUCCCCAACGCUCCUCAGCCAGACGCUCCUUUGGGCGUUCCAAACGUCUCAGCAUGGCCCGCUCGCUGGAUAACCUGGAGUCGACUGCAGUCUCCGACGGAGAACUGAACAACGUGGAGCUGCAGGGCUGCAGCAGUGACAACAGUCUGAACAGCAAUGCCAGCCUCCCCAGUGUCCAGAGUCACCGGCGCCACACUGAGAGGAGAGUGGCAAGCUGGGCUGUUUGCUUCGAGAGGCUGCUGCAGGACCCCGUGGGAGUGCGCUACUUCUCGGAAUUCCUAAAGAAAGAAUUCAGUGAGGAGAAUAUUCUGUUCUGGCAGGCAUGUGAGUUCUUCAGCCACGUCCCGGAAAAUGACAAGAAACAGUUGUCUCAGCGAGCCCGGGAAAUCUAUAAUAGCUUCUUGUCAAGUAAAGCCACCACUCCGGUCAACAUAGACAGUCAAGCUCAGCUCGCUGACGACAUCCUCAACGCCCCGCGACCAAACAUGUUCAAGGAGCAACAGUUACAGAUCUUCAACCUGAUGAAGUUCGACAGCUACACACGCUUCCUCAAGUCUCUGCUUUACCAAGAAUGUAUGUUAGCAGAGGUGGAGGGCCGGCCCCUGCCUGACCCUUACCACAUCCCCAGCAGUCCCACCUCCAAACACAGCACCACAGGCUCAGACCGCUCCAACUUGUCCACACCCAAGAAGGAGGACAAACGCAGCAAGUCAGGCCGAUCUUUGAAUGAUGACAGCCGGGAUGAUUCAGGGGACCGGAGAAAGGGCAUGUUUUUUUCCUGGUCUCGCAACAGGAGCUUUGGCAAAGGGCCGAAGAAACGGGAACUGACCGACUUUAAUUACAAUUUUGCUGGUAGCAACGGUCGCCGGGAAUCCCAGGGUUCACUGUCGUCAGGUGCCAGUCUCGAGCUUGGGACAUCUGGAUCAGGGAAGAAUGAAGGAGAUGUUUCCCGUGUGGGGGUAUCAGAGCGCGGUGGAAGCAGCGCCCCCCUUAGGCAAUGUAACAUAAACUUGCCAGACGGUUCAUGUUGCUCCGUGCCGCUGAGAGCCGGUGUGUCCAUCAGGGACUUGUUGCUGGGCCUUUGUGAGAAGCUCUGCAUCAACCUGGCAGCUAUCGACCUCUUUUUGGUCGGAGGGGAGAAGCCACUUGUUCUGGACCAAGACUGUAUGACUUUGUGCUCUCGAGACCUCAGACUUGAAAAGCGCACUCUUUUUAGGCUGGACUUGGUCCCUAUUAACCGCUCAGUGGGCCUAAAAGCCAAGCCCACCAAGCCAGUGACGGAGGUUCUCAGACCUGUGGUGGCCAAAUAUGGUCUACACCUCUCAGAUUUGGUGGCACGCAUCAGUGGUGAAUCCGAGCCCUUAGAUUUAGGUCUUCCUAUAUCCAACCUGGAUGGGUUGAGAGUGGUUUUGGAUUCAGCGGACCACACAUCGGGAAAAGCUCCAUCUAAAAGCCACACCCAGGCUUCUACAAGCAGAAACCAAUCAACAACAGGGGAGGACAGGCAGUCAAGGAAAGCCACUUCCGCCCACCCCCAUGGGGAAAACGGCAAGGCCGGGCCCAGCCUUGCCGCGAGCAGCGGUCCUUUACCCAACCACUCUGUCUCUCUUCAUAAGGCUCCGGAGAAAAGAAAGCAGAAAAAGAUUAAUAUAGACGAAGCUGAAGAGUUCUUCGACCUCAUAUCCAAAGCUCAGAGUAACAGAGCUGACGACCAGCGAGGCCUGUUGAACAAAAGUGACCUGCAGCUCCCGGACUUCCUUCGCCUGUCGCCAGCGGCCACCGGCCAACCACCCUACGACCCCGAGCCCGGCUGCUCCACCCCUCAUUCCCGUAACUCCGGCAACGGCAGCUUCCCCGGCGGUCGCCUGGGCAACAAGGCGAACUACAACGACCGGGGGGGCGGCGGCCAUUUUCUCAACGCGAGUCAUCAGUCCCAGAGCUUGGACUCUGCGUUGGGCUCCGACAUGGGCGGCUGGGGGGAUGCCAGGUCCCCUUCCUCAAUGUUUCCCGCCACUAUCUCUCCCAUCCACCCGUCCCGGGAGGCCCAGCAUGGCGCGUUUAAGGACGCUGGCAGGGGAGCGUCUGUUCAGAUGCUGGAAGAGGACGCCCUCUCGGACCUGACUCUAGUAGGCGAGGCGGACCUCAACAGCCCCAGCCUCAACUACGUCACCCCCUCCGCCCUGCCAUCCAAACCCCACACCCGACCCCAACAACAAGCACAGGACGGUCAGCCUAGCUCAGGUAAGGACAGAGACAGGUGGAGAGGGAGGGAAAGAAGAGACCGCGUUAAAGUUGUCAGCAGAACCGCAUCCAACCCAGCACCUCCCCCUCCAUCCCCUCCCCCUGCCCCGCCUCGGCCUCCUCUCCGCUCACGCCGCAAAUCCAAGUCGCCCUCAUCCCGCUCCAACCGCAGACUUACAAAGCAAGCUUUGGAUGUUGACAAAGUCCAAAGCUCUGGGUCCCGAGAUCCCCGGGGAUCCGAACGAGACAAGAAGUGGGAGGACGUGGCCUCGGAGCUGCGUUGCCGUGGCAGCAGGAUGAGGUCGGCCGUGUACCAGACGUCGGACCUUCCCUCCAUGGUGAAAGCUAAGAGACAGUUGGAGGAGAAUGGAGGCAAAGGUCACACAGAGCGAAGCAAACUGAAAGCAACAUUUGUGUGAGGAGUCCACCUACUCACUGCUCUCUUCCUGACUCCAACACUCAGACUCUGAAGCAGCUUGUUAGCCUCUUAAUCAUAUGCUCUAUAGUCCACUUCAACUCACUUGUGAGCAAAAUAAAUUAUACACUCAGCAAAGUUGGCAUUUGGGAAAAAGUCCUAAAAGAACAAUGAAUCUGACAAAUGUCUUUAACGGCUUUAUCCUACUAUUAUAAAGUGGAACCCCCCAACGUCUCCUACUGGAAAUGAUAGAAACCGGCUGGCCCAAAACAAAUUUUUUUUGUGUGAAUUAUAUUUAUUUAUAUAGCGCUUUUCUCUAGUGACUCAAAGCGCUUUACAUUGUGAAACACAACAUCUAAGUUACAUUUUUAAACCAGAGUGGGUGGCACUGGGAGCAGGUGGGUAAAGUGUCUUGCCCAAGGACAUAACGGCAGUGACUAGGUUGGCAGAAGCGGAAAUCAAACCUGGAACCCUCAAGUUGCCGGCACGGCCACUCUACCAGCCGAGCAAAACAACACAAUUUUAACAUGUAAUAUGCCUUUGAAAGAGAAAUACUAACUUUUAUAUGAUAAAUAUUGCAUAAAAAAUAAAAUAUAAUGUACUACCGACAACUAUAGUAGUUUUAUGAAGGAGUGG